UCUUUCUUCUUUCCGAGUUUCCAAUUUUUCAGUUCUUUUUUAUUAUAAACCAAGGACAAAAAGUGAAGAGACUACUUAAAACUCGAGCCCACUGUCUCUUGAGAAUUCAUCUGAUGCUUCUUAAAGGUGAGCAAUUCGAGUCUCCCCACCAAUUAGACACUGACAAGUGGGUUAAUUGAUUAAGGAAAGACACGUGGUAUGUUUAGCGCGAAGGAGCAGAUUUCUCUCGAGAUGGUGACUCAGCGGACAUCUUUUCUUAGCAUCAAGUCCCUUCAUGGAGGGGAAAAACUUUCUAAAUAUAUAUAUAAUUGACUCCCUAAAUAAAUAUUAUAAAAUAUCUUCUGCUUUUUCUUGUAAUCUCUUUACUUGUUGCUCUGCCUGCUCAAAUAGGAAAACCUUAAAAAGUGUUUUAUUCCACUCAUUUGAUUUUUGGUUUGAAAGAAAUAAAUCAUAAACCAAGCCAAAUUAGUAUACUGUUUCUUGAAGUUUCAGUGUUUGAUAAAUAGCCUAUUUCAUCAUUUUGUAAUUUGGGUUGCAUGCAAGGAAGAGAUUCAAACUCUGAUGGAACCGUUGUUCUCUGCCCAGGUUUUUGAAUUCUAGGGUUUGUGUAUAAUGUUGAUAAUAAGUAUGAAUACAAAGAGACAGAGGCGACCAAAUGUUAGGUUGGGGGAAAUAGGAGAUGUCUCUGCAGCAUUUGCAUGUGGGUAUUCUCGGGGUACUAAGGGAAAACUAGGGCUCAAGAGUUGGAGGAAUGAUUUUGUGAACCCUGUUGAGACUGAGCAAAAUCCAUUUUGUGGGUUUUAUGAGAGAAAAGAUUCUGAAUUAACAAUCUCUGACCCUGAAGUUUCUCCACGAAACUCAGCUGAUUCUCAGCAGAACAGAGAAAAUAAGAACCCAAACUCUUCAAAGGAUUUUGGAUUCAAGGCGUUUGAUUUAACUGAGAAUAUCAAAUCCACGCUAGAUUUUGGAAAUAUAACCAGAAAAUGUAGAGUCAUGAAGCGCCGGGGACAAAGUAGGAGAGUGAACAAUGGUUUUUUUGGUAGUUCAUGGGGUUCUAAGCUUAGUCCGGAGUUUAGUGAACCUGAUGGGAAAGAGUAUGGCGAGAAGGAGUUUGAUGGAUACACUUUUAACAUAUGUGAUGAUUACUACCAUGACAAUGGCUUCAAGGAUUUGUCUGAUCGCGAAACUCCAGCAUCAAGCAAUGAGGUUUGUGAAUAUGAUAUGUAUGGAUGUAAUAAUAAUUCACAAAGAUGCGGGAAAUUUGGUGAUUAUUGGAAUGAAGAUGCUUCUUUUGACGGAAAUGUUGCAACUAAAUGCGGUGCUGGUGUGUGGGAUGAGAUGAAACUUGAUCAAAUUGACACAAACUCUGUUAAAACAUGGCUGGAGGAACUGGGAUUUGGUAAGUACGCAGAUGUUUUCGAAAUGCACGAGGUUGACGAGGAAGCUUUGGUACUACUUACACUUGAAGAUCUCAAAGAAAUGGGGGUAUUUUCCGUUGGACCUCGGCGGAAAUUGUAUAAUGCAAUCCAACAGCUAAAAGGUGGAGAUGUUUCUGGUUAACCAUUUAAUCAUCUCAAUGUAUAGGUAAUCUUUCUUUUGGAUUAUUUUUUGGCUGUCCUUGUCAACUUUUUGUGCAGGAAACUGAGUUGUAUGUAACCUUUUGAAACUUCUAACACUUUUUGUUUCUUGUUUCUGUAUCUUUUAGUACUGUUCAAUGAGAUAAACUAAAGUUCAUACUUUUGUA